GCGCGGGCCUGUGGCGGGGUUAAAGCGGCAGAGCCCCGGGAGGGUUGUACCGGGGGCUCUGGGUGGCGGGGAAAGACCGAGGCCUGCGGCGUGGCGCGGUGGUGCUGGGUCGCGGUAAGGCGGUGGGUAGUCCGUGAGGACGGCGGGGGACCCCCAGCCUGCGGGGUGAGGGCCGGGACCGCGGUGGCGUUGGGGCCAGGCGAGCCUGGAGCCUGGGAGAGGAGCGGAGCAAGGAGCAAGCCUCAUUUCGUACGGGGUGGUGAGGAAAACUGGCCUCCAUUCCUCUGAAGAAGCAGGUGCCUCUGUGACUAAUUCCUGAUGCAGUUUUGAUUGAGAUUUAUUGUUUGAAUUGUGGAAAAUGUCAUCAGGCCUUACAGAGGAACAAAAGAGAAGAAUUGAAGAGAACCGCCAGAAGGCUUUGGCUAGGAGAGCAGAGAGACUAGCAGCCCAGAGAGGUGGGCAGUUGGGGAUCAGUGGACCUCAGGUGAAAGAACAGAGUCCAGGGAAUCGGGGAAACUUGCAGGAAGAAUACAAUCAUGCCAGGUUCAUUAGCCAGCACCAACAGAAUCCAAACAGUCAUGCAGAGCAAAAGAACUAUCUUCAGAAAGAUUAUAGUCAUUCUACUGCAAACCAACAGAUGGCUGGCUCACAUGGAGAGCAACAAAAGAAUUGUUCAGAGGACUCAGAGCAAGCAACUGGCAUUAAGCAGUUCCCUGCAACGAUCCCAAAUUCUCUGAGUUAUUCCCAUAAACAUUACAUGGAUGCUGGUGGUCAGGAACAUGGACAACAAGCUUUAAUUAAUCUUGGUACAUUCCAGCAGCCCAAAUGCUACUCAGCUUUCGAAAACCCUGCAGAACCAUCUCAUUCUAGAUUAAUUGAUAAUGGGCACCCUGACGGUAGUAAAGAUUUAGAGAGUCAGAACAAAUCUGCCAUAAAAUAUGUCUCACCACCAAGCAGCACCACCCCGAGUGAUUCAGAAAUGCUGAUAAACAGAAGCAGACCAACUGAAAGAGAAGGGGGAGAUUGUGCCUCUCAAGCCAGUGAUAGGAUGCAGAAGUUGACCAGUUCUGUUGGUGCAAGCUCUACCUUUGAAGCUGCCUCUUGCAAGAACGCAAAUAGUGUUACAAAAGGAAAAUGCGUUAAAUAUGGGGAAGGCCGAUUCCAGGUCAAAAUAGGGUAUAAUGCUGAACUCGUUGCUCUGUUUAAGAAGAUACCAAGCAAAAGCUAUGAUCCUGUUACGAAAAAAUGGAAUUUCAGCCUGGAAGAUUAUAGCAGUUUCAUGGAAGCAGCAAAUCAACUUUCAUCAGUAGUUCUGGUACCACUGGAUGAAGAAAAUACAGUUGGCUUGGCAUCAGGCUCUCAUUUUGUUGGUAGUGGGGUUGAUGUGAAAUCCCUCUUGAAGAUGUGUAAGAACUGGAAGAAACCCUCAGCGCUUGUCAAAGGGAAGUGUGUGCUGAUUUCUCGCUUGCGGUUUGAGGUUGAUAUUGGGUAUUCUUUGGAAGUGAUUGAAGUGUUCAAACAGAUGCAUUCCAGAAAUUAUGAUAUGAACACCAAAAAGUGGAAUUUCCUGCUGGAGGACUAUCCCAAACUGAUGCAAGUGUUACAGAGCCUUGUGUCAGUAGAAGUGGAACCACUGCCUGAGGCAGUAAUACAAACCUUUGCUGCUCAAAUACAGACAUCUACACCACAGACAGAUAUUCCUGAUGCUGACCUUUCAGUUGUGGACUCCAAAAUUGUGACGAGCCUCAUGCCCUUUCAGCGGGAAGGUGUGAAUUUCGCAGUUUUAAGAAAUGGACGUUUACUUCUUGCGGAUGACAUGGGCUUGGGCAAGACCAUCCAGGCAAUUUGCAUUGCUGCGUAUUACCGAAAGGAAUGGCCCUUGCUGGUGGUGACUCCUUCUUCCAUGAGAUUUACAUGGGCAGAGGCAUUUCACAGGUGGCUUCCAUCCUUGAGUCCAGGUAGCACCAAUGUCAUAGUGAGUGGCAAAGACAACCUAACUGCAAGCUUGAUCAACAUCGUCAGCUUUGACCUCCUCAGCAAAAUGGACAAGAAACAUAAGAGCACGUUCCAAGUAGUCAUUAUUGAUGAAUCUCAUUUCCUAAAGAACAUAAAAACUGCACGAUGCCAAGCUGCCAUGCCUCUACUUAAGGCUGCCAGGAGAGUGAUCUUGCUUUCGGGAACUCCUGCCAUGUCACGGCCCUCAGAGCUCUACACACAGAUUGCAGCUGUCCAGCCAGCCUUCUUCCCACAGUUCCACUCCUUUGGGUUACGCUAUUGUGAUGCCAGGAAGAUGCCAUGGGGUUGGGACUACUCUGGAUCAUCCAAUUUAACUGAACUGAAAAUUUUGCUGGAAGAGGUCAUCAUGAUCCGACGUCUGAAAUCAGAUGUGCUUUCCCAGCUUCCAGCAAAGCAACGCAAAAUGGUUGUAGUGGCUCCUGAAGCCAUUAGUGCAAAGACCAAAGCUGUCUUGGCAGCUGAAGCAAAGAAGAUGGCCAAAGGAUAUGGAGGUAAACAACAGGAGAAAGAAGCUCUUCUCCUCUUCUACAGCAGAACGGCAGAAGCUAAAAUCCACUCAGUCGUAGAAUACAUCCUGGAGUUACUGGAGAGUGGGAAUGAUAAAUUCUUGGUCUUUGCUCAUCACAAGAUAGUGCUGGAUGCAAUAGUUGCGAAGCUGGAAAAUAAACAUGUUGAAUACAUUCGCAUUGAUGGCUCCACACCUUCAGCUGAGCGGCACGCUCUGUGCCAGAAGUUCCAGUACUCAGAGAAGCAGGUUGUGGCUGUCCUGUCCCUCACUGCUGCAAACAUGGGGCUGACACUGUCUGCUGCGGACUUGGUGGUGUUUGCAGAGCUCUUCUGGAACCCAGGGGUUUUGAUUCAAGCAGAAGAUCGGGCACAUCGAAUUGGACAGACCAGUUCCGUUAAUGUUCACUACGUGGUGGCUAAAGGCACAGCAGAUGACUACUUAUGGUAGGAAGUGAGAAAGACACAUUGGUUCUCCUGCCACCCGUUUUCACUGUUUGUCACAUAGGUGAUGUAAGGUGCUUAAUGCUAGUGCUGAUUUCCACAGCCUGUGAGGGGCGGAGCAGUAACUACCAAUCAGGGCUGCUGUGAGCUGGUGACAUGGCCUGGCCACAGUGGACGUAAGUUAAGUGGAUGACAAGCAGGAGGAGUAAAAGUAGUUAUCUGACAAAGAAAGGGCUUUUGAGAGAAAUUCUGGGAGAGUUGGUGCAUCUAAAACCUUCACAGCCUCUGUAUAAGGAGAAGGAAUUGUCUUAGAUACAGCCCAGAACAUUAGUGUGCUGGGGUACUGUAAAGUGCUGAGUACUUUCAAGAAAAGUCAGUAGGCACUGGAAUGGUUCAUUGUAUUGUGGAUCGAGUCUGAGGAGCAAUCUGUCUGCUGAGUGCUUGGACAGGGAGCUGUGGAGGAGGACUGCACUGUUGCUUUCUUCUUGCUCUUCAGUGAGCCCUUUGGAUAGAUAAAAAUGUGCUACUCUGGAGAGUUGUGGUCUGAGCCUUUUUGGCUGCAGCGAGAGCUAUCGGUGGACACUGGUCCUUAGUGCUGGUGAGUAACAUCCUGGGGAAGGGGAGGAUCUGAGGAAUCCUUAGUGCUGCAAGAGAACUGACCUGUGAAUGAUGAGAAGAAAUUAUCCACCAGCUGGUUCAUUUAAAGUCCAAAAUGACAUCUUUAUUACCUUGUUUAAAGGAACAAAUGAACUAAGUGAACUUGUACAGUUCCCAGAAUAUCAUGAUGGCAAAUAAUUAUAACCCUACAAUGCAGGGAUCUGGAAACUGAUGCAUCACCCACAUUUCAUGGAAACUUAAUGAUAGUAAUUCUGCCUUUAUUUGUGAAAUGCUGUCCAUGCGGUCAUUAAUGAUUAAUGGGAAUGAAAUAUGUCUCUUCAAAGAAGGACAGUGUCAUCCUUUUUAAAGGCGAGAAAAAGAACAAGACAACAAGGCUUUUUAGUAAAUGCGUUAAUUGUGCUGUGGCCUUUGCUUCUUUCAAAGUGUCUAGUUUGCAGGUGCUGUUGGGACCUCUCAGACUCUUUGGCCAGUGGUGGAUUCUUCCUGCCGCAGUACAUCAGGAGAUACCCUAGAAAGGCUGAUGUGUCUUUUGGGGGAGCUUACAGUUACUUCCCUUGGAAACUGAACACACAGGCUGUUGGGACUCCCUUGAGCUGCAUCUUCUUGUUCUGACUUCAUACUGUUGGUGUUGUCUCAGUCAACUAGCCUCCCUAUUGGAUGUGUGUGUUUUCCAGAUAUUUAUGGCUUGAAAUACUCUUCUUGUUACUUAAUUAAAUUGGGUUGUGUGGUGGGUUGAUCCUGGCUGGACACUACGUGCCCACCAAA